AUGCAUUAUGGUAGUCAAGCUAAUGUAAGUUUUCUCCAACAUGUUAUUGGAAUUGCCAAAUAUUUUGAUGUAAUUGUGGAUGAUGGUGGUCAUGUGAUGCAACAACAAAUCACAUCCAUUAAAACAUUAAUACCAGCGGUUAGAUCGGGUGGACUUUAUAUUAUAGAAGAUCUGCUAACAAGUUAUAUGUCAGGCUACCACGGUAAAUAUUUAGAUCCAUCAACAAUAAUCAGCUUUAUCAAAAACCUUGUUGAUGAUAUACAAACAGCAUCACCAAUCCGCACUGUUACAUCAAUUGGGAAAUAUGUUCGGUCGUUUGAACUAGAGAAUGAAAUAUGCCUUUUUAAUAUAAAAUGA